AUGACACCGAAUAUCUUCGCCGGAAGAUCGGCCAUGGAAAGGUACCAUCGGUUAAUCAGCCCGGCGUCAGGGCGAGUGGAGCCGUUCGGCCCGUUCGCCCGCCAUGCUGACCCCUAUCUUCGGAUGUGCUCGGCGUUGGUCUGGCUUCGCCUGUGCUGCGAGCCCGAAAAGGGGCACCAUGUUAUUGUUGGCAAUCUGCCGCACCUCUGGGCCGCCCUCUUUUGGCUCCUCGCCAACUCUCUGUGUGGAAUGGCGUCGUUACGAUUUCAGUUCGUUGCGUGCCUGCUCGUAUUCUUUGCUCUCCACGCGAGUCGACACGGGCUCGUGGCCUCGCAGUACUACCAGGACUAUGAGUGGACCCUCAUUCCCGACGGCCAGGGCGGCUUUACCACGGAGUACUACUACCGCGCUACCGUGGGAGAAACUCGUCGGCGGGUGAUUGAACUCACGCCGCAAGUUGUCUACCUGUACUACAACUGUUACUACAUGACCAACAUCUGCAGCAACGCCCGCAAGUUCUUGGGCUCUCCGCGAGGCCAAAAGAUGCACAGGAGCGGGCUGGAUCUCGGCAGUGCCCCAAUCUUCGGCUACGACCUCAACAGCGGCAAGAAUUCAAACUUUCGCAACCACAAUCGCCGUGAGCAGUCGUGCCCUGGGACGUGGAAGAACAAUCAUGCUUGUCCCGAGUUCGACCAGAAAACCGUGCGGGACAGCCAGGGCAAUAUCAUUGAGAGGUCCAGACUCAUCUACACGUGCGAUGAGUUCCCGCCAGCCACUUGGGUUGAGGGCGGCAGCGGCCUCGACAAAAACACGCCCUCGGAAACCCGCUGCGCCGGCUUCCGUUGUGAAAAGAACACCAAGGCCGAGCAGAACUGGCAAGCCGAGGCUCACAGCAAACUAAGGACAGUGCUCAGGAAGAUGGUCAAGCGCCGGGAAGACGACUUCCCCUUCUAUGACGCCAGCCAAAGUGUCAUUUUGUUUAAAUUCAUUUUCGACCAAGGACAGGCCGACGGCCAGCCAGCAGCGGUUCUCGCCUAUGACAACGAAGAUUCAUUGGAUGUGCGCUUGGACGGCGCGUCAGUCUCGCAGGCGAAACGGGACAUGGACACCAACUCAACGCACAUGGCAGAUGCUCCGAGUCCCUUGCCCGACUGGCAAUCGGGAGUGCUGUACAAGAAGCUCCUGGCGCUCGUCGAGUCGGGCCAGGGGACCCGGGUUGCCGUUCAUGCCAAUGACUCGGACACGGAAGCUGCCAUGCCUGUGCUGCAUGUGCUUGGCAUCAACAUGAACAUGGACAUCAUGGCCGACACGAGGCCAGCACCCCGUUGGCUGUCGGGCCAUGAAGGGGGGGCGGCCACCCAAGGUUAUGCGAUGGCCGAUAACAUGAAGCGGAAGCCCAGCAAGGACCUUGAGGGGGACGAGACUUGGAGGCGCGCUUCAAGUUCAACUUCUCAGCCCGGUCCUGAAAGUUCUGGCCCCGUCACGCCUCUUCUCAACAAGGCGUCCGAGACCGACAUUGAGAAAGCGCGGAGCAUCGUCAAGCAGGCGAUUGCCGAGUCGGCAAAGCGCAACAAGGCACGGUUUGAGAACCCGCUGCGCAACAGGUACCGACUGAAGCCCGGCACAAUUGUGGGACAGACUGCCGUCGAGCGCCGCCGCGGCCUUCAAGCAGCAAGGGCGGACGAGGGAGCACAGGACAUGCCUCCACCGCUCUUGGAAAUCACCGACGAGAUCGCCCAGGCCGCGGCGCUCGUGGCCGAAGCCGACGCCAGUGCCGCAGUAGCAGCAGGGACAUGGAACAGCACUUACAGCAGAGUGACCAAGCGUCAGGCUCCCACGGGCACCUACUGGAUGCAGAACAUUGCCCGCAAGGGCAUCGUCCCCUGGGGCGACGACUCAACCUACGCCGUCUUCCGCAACGUCCGCGACUACGGCGCGACGGGCAACGGCGUCACCGACGACACGGCGGCAAUCAAGCGGGCCAUGAACGACGGGAAGCGGUGCGGCGAAAAGUGCAACGGCUCGACCACCAAGAACGCCAUUGUGUAUUUCCCCCCCGGAACCUACCUCAUCUCGACCACCAUCCCCCUGCCGUUCGGGACCCAGGUCAUUGGCGACGCCAACAACAGGCCGCUGCUCCUGGCCGCGCCCGGCUUUGUUGGCCUCGGCGUGCUGUCGACCAACGAGUACACGGGCGGCGGGACGGGGCCCGACGGACUGGACCAGCAGUACUACGUCAACACGGCCAACUUUUACCGCCAGAUCCGCAACAUUGUCAUCGACGUGCGCGGUACGGCGCCCGACAAGAACAUUGCCUGUCUCCACUACCAGAUCGCCCAGGCCACCAGCCUGCAGAACGUCGAGCUCAUCGCCGGGCCGACGCAGACGGGCAUGUUCGCCGAGAACGGCAGCGGUGGCCAGAUCUCGGACGUCACCUUUACGGGUGGCGCCUUUGGCAUCUGGGGCGGCAUCCAGCAGUUCACAGCCCAGCGCCUGCGCUUCAGCGGCUGCACCGUUGGCGUGCACGUCAUCUGGGACUGGGGGUGGGUGUGGAAGUCCAUCACCAUGACCAACGUCGGCACGGGCUUCAAGCUGGUCCCUGAGGGAAGCAGCGGCAACAUUGGGUCCGCCAUGUUCCUGGACUCGUCCUUCACCAACGUCGGCACCGUCGUCCAGAUCACGCCGCCGUCCUCGACCCCGGCUACCGGCACCACCGGCCUCGCGCUCGAGAACGUGGCGCUCUCGGGCGUCAGCAAGGCUGCCGUCGCCGAUACCAGCGGUGCCGUACUGCUGGCGGGCGGCACGAGCAGGAUAGAGCACUGGGCGCUGGGCCCUGUGUACGAGGGCUCGGUCGACGCCCGCAGCUUCUCGGCGGGCGGCAAGGUUGGCAACUACCGCCGGUCCCUGACGCUGACCAACGACAACGGGGCCUACUAUGAGCGGCCCAAGCCGCAGUACGAGAGUGCCUCGGUUGGCGACUUUGUCCACAUGCGCGACUUUGGGGCCACGGGCGAUGGAACCACCGACGACACGGCCGCGUUCCAGCAGGCCCUGUACGCGAGCCAGGGCAAGAUCCUCUUUGUUGACGCCGGCUCGUACGUCCUGACGUCGACCGUGACCGUGCCAACCGGGUCCCGGAUCGUCGGGGAGACGUGGUCGCAGCUCGUUGCCGCAGGACCCUACUUCCAGGACGCCAAGAACCCCAAGGUCCUGCUGCGGGUGGGACUGCCCGGUCAGAUCGGCGACGUCGAGAUGCAAGACCUGAUCAUCACGACGCGUGGACCGACCGCCGGUGCUAUCCUGAUAGAAUGGAACAUCAAGGCCACGGUCCCUGGGUCGGCGGCGCUAUGGGACUGCCACGUCCGCAUCGGAGGCGCCACAGGAACCGAGCUGACGCCCGACGAGUGCCCUGCCCUGACUAGCGGCGUCAAUCAAGGGUGCAAUGCCGCCAGUCUGAUGAUGCACAUCACGCCGUCAGCCUCGGGCUACUUUGAAAACAUGUGGCUUUGGGUGGCUGACCAUGACAUUGACGACCCCGAUCUCGUGGACGCCAACAACACCAUGAUACAAAAUUCUGUCUACGCCGCUCGUGGUUUGCUGGUCGAGAGUACACAUGCCACUUGGCUCUACGGGACCUCGUCUGAGCACGCUGUUUACUACCAGUACAAUUUCCACAAGGCGCGCAACAUCUUCGCUGGCAUGAUCCAGACCGAGUCGCCGUAUUUCCAGCCAACCCCGCCGCCGCCCGCUCCUUUCACCGACGCCGUUGGCGUGUUGCCCGGUGACCCCGAUUACACGUGCAGCCCGGGCGACGAGUUCAGCGGAUGCGAUCAGUCGUGGGCCGUCAUGAUCCGGCAGUCGGAGAACAUAGCCAUCGCCGGUGCCGGCCUUUACUCGUGGUUCUCGACCUACACCCAAGAGUGCAUCGGUUCACAGCUCUGCCAAAAGGCGCUUGUCCUCCUCGACGACAACUCGGCCAGCGUGCGCAUUCAGCACCUUGUCACCAUCGGUGCCAAGUACAUGGCCGUCAUGAACGGCCAAGGCAUCCCGGCCGUCGACAAUCUCAACGUGGACUCGCACCCUUUCUGGUCGCAGGUCUCGGUGCUCGAUGUCAGCAGCAACGGCGCCCAGUUCAACGACCUGGUGUGGAUUGACCCGGCCAUCUGGGACAUGGAGCAGCCCGAAUUCACCUGUUCCGACCCUUGCCAUGUCAAGAUCCCCCCUUGGACCCGCGCCAUGAGCACCGUCAAUUAUCCCCUGCUCACGGUGAGCGACGGAACCUGGACCAGCACCAUCACAAAGGCGCCUCUGACCAUCUCGGAAUGGAUGUUCGAGGAAGUCACCUUGACCCAAGCACCUGGCAACAAGAACAAACGCGCCCAGGGGUUCAGCGACUUCUGGCCCAUUCCCGCCACCACAUCGCGCUGGCCCGCUGUCGUCUACACGGGUCCCAACGGGUCACCAACCACCAUCGCACCGACCGUGGCCUUCCCCACCCCGCCUUCCGCCAUCGAUGCUGCUGCAGCUCCCCCACCGACGGGGAGCUGGCCCUCGCGGGCGAUCCGCCCCAGAUACGGUUCGACUUACACGCCCGUCGUCGAGGAAUGCGCCUUCUACGACGACAAAUGCCUCACAAACCCACUCUACUACGGCGACAGCAGCGACGGGGGCGAUGAUUUCGACGAGGACUGGGCCGACGCCAGCAUCACCUGCCCCGCCGCCGAGACCACCAGCACCAGAACCACCUCGGCGGCCACAAAAACCAGCAUCAAGCCCACCGUCGCUCCUUCACCCUCACCCUCACCCCGGGUGGUGGACGACCCGAGGCAGAACGCGGUCGACUGCUACGACGGCGGGCAGCGGGCGACGCACCAGCAGCUGGACAAUGCGAUCGCCGAGUUUUGCGACGACGUGGCGGUGUACGCGUCGUGGAACGACGACGAGCUCAUCACGCAGGAUCUCUCGUUGGGCCGCUCCAUCUACCAGGCCUCGACCGGCGCCUGGAUCUCGCGCGUCAUGGUCGACAUCAACUUCACCAUCCGCAAGGGCUGCACCUGGGACAUUAGCCGCGCCGACUGCGAGCGCUACCUCAAGGUGCCCGUCGACAGCUGCAACUGCGCCGGCGUCGACGCCAAGCAGGGCGGCAUCGUCGAGAACAAUUGCGUCGUGUGGAGGAUCGAUCCGAAUAAGAUUUAG